GCUCCUGUUGGACCUUGGCUCUCACCAGUGGCUUCAGUGCUCGUGCACAGCGUGGGGAUGGUGCAGCCCCACAUUGGGUUUGGUGGGCUCCUGCUGAAUGUCACUGUGGUAGUUUGCAGUGAUUUCUGACCCUCUCCUCUGUUGCAGACCAGUCAAGCUAAAUGGGUCCAGUCACUGGAAUGACUCCGGAUAAGAAGGCGGAGACGGCCGGAGCAGAAAAAGCCGCGGGACUACGGCAGUGCCAUGGGGUGGGCAGCCUGCCUGACACGGGCCACGCUGGCAAGCCAAAGGCCACUGUGGUGGACAGAGAUUCAGCAGAUGAUGAGCUCACAAAUUUGAACUGGCUGCACGAAAGUACUAACCUGCUAACAAACUUCAGCCUCGGCAGCGAGGGCCUUCCGAUUGUUAGCCCCCUGUAUGACAUCGAGGGUGACAGUGUGCCAUCCUUCUCACCAUCCUGCUACCAGAACCCUGAGAAAAAAUCCUCCACUUCCAAACCUCCUUACUCUUUCAGCCUUCUCAUUUACAUGGCCAUUGAGCAGUCCCCCAACAAGAGCUUGCCAGUCAAAGAGAUCUACAGCUGGAUCCUGGACCGCUUCCCCUACUUCGCCACGGCCCCCACCGGCUGGAAGAACUCGGUCCGGCACAACCUCUCCUUGAACAAGUGUUUCCGGAAGGUGGAGAAAAGCCAUGGCAAGGUGAAUGGAAAAGGGUCAUUGUGGUGUGUUGACCCAAAAUAUAAACCCAAUCUUGUCCAAGCACUGAAAAAACAGCCUUUUUCCUCAGCACUUGCAUUUUAUACUCCGCCAGCAUCGCCACCCAGUAGGUCGUCGUCCCCUCACUACCUGACUUCGGUCCUUCAGCAGAAUCAUGGCCGAUCUCUCAAAGAAUCUGAUAUUGAUGCUGCUACUGCAAUGAUGCUGUUAAAUACUUCCAUUCAACAAGGGAUGCUGGACUGUGAGAAACCUCAGCCUCUGAAGACACCCAAGAAGAGGAGCUACGGCAGCGCCUUCGAUCCCGCCAGCUCCAUAGCCCUGCAGGAGAGCGACUCCGCGGCCGCCAGCAUCGACCCCAGCGAGGACCACAACUACAGCGCCAGCAGCAUGGGCUCCCAGCGCUGCGCCUCCCGCUCCAGCGUCUCCUCCCUCUCCUCCCUGGACGAGGUCUACGAGUUCCUCUCCAAGAGCAGCCGCGACGGCAGCGACGGCAGCGAGGGCUUCCACAGCGAGGUGGACACGGACGGCGACUACGAAGACGAUCCUCUGGGAGACAGUGGCUAUGCAUCCCAGCCUUGUGUGGAUACCUCCAAGGAAAGUCAGCCCAGCCAGAGAGUACUCGAGGAGCUGUGUCAGGAGAUCGAUGAGGAGUUGAAGGAAGCAGCAGGGUCUCUGCUCCACCUUGCUGGCAUCCAAACCUGCUUGAGUUCCUUAAUAAGUACUGCAAAGACCCACUGUCACAAGCAAAGGAAAAAAUAAUGUGUUUGUCAGUGUUGAAUAUAUACAUAUAUUUUUUUUAAUUGUGGCAAUACUCUUCUACUUUUGCCCUUCACAAGGGAGAUCAAAGCCAUAAGAGGACUCACUGCUUUUUUUUUAAUAUUUGGCGCAAACUAUAAUUUAGCCAU